AUGGACAAUGCUGAUAAUGAGGAAAAAUUUGAUGAGUGCUUAGCAAGUGUUAGGGAAAGACUUAAUGCACUUCCUUUGCCUGUUCAAUUUCCUAUUGGGGUUGGUAAAGAUUUAAAGGGGGUUGUUGAUGUUAUAGAGCAAAAAGCCUACUAUUUUCAAGCAGGCGACAAAGAUGAAAAUUAUCAGAUUAAAGAAAUUCCACAAAGUUUAUUAGAAAAAACAAAAAAUUACCGACAAUAUUUAAUAGAAAAAAUUGUUGAAUUUGAUGAAAAUUUAGCAAUGAAAUACUUAGAAGUUCAAGAUUUGCAAGUUGAAGAGAUAAGAAAAUUAUUACGUCAGGCAACUCUAAGUGGUAGUUUUUUUCCUUUAUUUUGUGGCUCUGCCUAUCGGAACGUAGGAGUAAAAAUGGUUUUAGAUGGAGUAGUUGAUUAUUUACCUUCUCCUUUAGAAGUGAGUGAAAUACCAGUCUUUUCUCCGCAAAGUAAGAAACAAGAAGGGAUAAUUAAUUGUGGUAGUCCGGAAGAAAUCAAGGAGGUAGGAGCGGGAGAUAUUGCGGCGGCAGUUGGGCUUGAAAACACGGUUACUGGUGACACUCUUUGUGGAGAAGAUAAAAUUUUGCUGCUAGAAGCAAUUGAUUUUCCUGAGACAGUAAUUUCCCAAGCUAUCGAACCAAAAACUAAUGAAGACAAAGAUAAAUUGCGAAAUGGAUUAGAAAAAUUAAAAGUUCAAGAUCCUAAGAUCCUAGUGGAGAAGUUGAGGAGCGAAUACGAAGUAAAUAUUGAGACUAAACAGCAAAAAGUUGCUUAUCGCGAGACUAUUACUAAAGAAUUAAAAGAUGUAGAGGCGUGGUAUAAGAAAAAGACGGGAGGAAGUGGACAUGAUGCUAGGAUCGGAAUUAGUUUUAAGCCAAAUAAAGGUGGUGGAUUUAAAUUUGUGGAUGCCAAAAAGGGUCAAGAGAUGUCCGAUAAGGAUGCUGAAGAGGUAAAAGAAGGGUUGGAAGAAGCGAUGUCAUCUGGAUUGUUGCUCGGUUAUCCUUUGCCUGGUGACUUUAAGCAAGCUGCUAUCUUGGCUUUUAGGGGAGAUGGAGUAGAGGAAAAAGCCAAGCGGGCUAAGGAAUUAGGAGUAGUUUUAUUGGAGCCAAUCAUGCAAGUUGAAGUAAGUACGCCCAAUGAUUACUAUGGUAAUGUUUUAGGAGAUCUAAAUCGGCGUAGGGGAGAAGUUGAGAAAGAAGAAGAAAUUGGCCAAACUAAGGAAUUACAUGCCAAAGUUCCUUUAGCUGAGAUGUUUGGUUAUUCUACACAGUUGCGUUCUCUUACUCAAGGCCGUGCUAGUUAUUCGAUGCAUUUUUCUCAUUAUCAGGAACUUCCUGCAAGCGUGUUUCAAAAGAUAAUGAAAGAAGAGAAAUUAAAUUAG